AUGCCGUCUGCGCUCAUCACGGGCGCGUCAGGAUUCUUGGGCCGACAAGUGCUCAAAGCCUUCUCGGAUGCUGGCUGGAAUGCCACAGGAACAGGCUUCAACCGCGCGUCCGAGACCGUUCGCAAGGUGGACAUUCAAGAUGCCGAUGCCGUCAGCAAGCUGAUUGAUGAGGUCAAACCUCAAGUCAUCGUCCACUGCGCCGCAGACAGACAGCCGGACUCGUGCACGCGAAACCCAGAAGCAGCACACAAACUGAACGUCGCAGCAACCGAGCUCCUCGCCUCCUGCGCAGCGAAACGUAAUGCCUUCUUCAUCUACAUCUCCACCGACUACGUCUUCCCUGGCAUCCAGGGUCAAGCCCCCUAUAAGGCAGCCGACUCUCCCAAGCCCACAAACAUCUACGGACAGACCAAACUCGAUGGCGAGACCGCAGUUCUGAAAUCCACCAAUACAGUAGUGUUGAGAGUCCCCGUUCUGUAUGGGCCGACCUCUCCCAAGGACAACAAUAAAGAGUCGGCGGUCAACGUCCUGAUGGACAGCCUAUGGAAGUCGCAGAAUGAAAAGGUGAAAAUGGACGACUGGGCAAUCCGCUACCCUACAAACGUGGAAGACGUGGCAAGAGUGUGUCUUGACAUCGCCAAACUCUACACAAGUUCACCGCAUCCGGAGGAGCUUCCACGCAUUCUGCAGUUUUCGAGCGAAGACCGCAUGACAAAAUACGAAAUCACCCAGAAAUUUGCAGAAAUCAUGGGCCUACCCUUGGAUGGGAUUGUGCCCGACAAAGAUGGAGGCAAACCGGGACCAGAUGGUACCCUGAGGCCGUAUGACUGUCACCUUGACACGAGCGAACUGCAGAAGCUGGGAAUUGACAUAUCGACGGUGGAUUUCGUGGCGUGGUGGAGAAGAUGGGUUGGUGCUUAUCGGCAUUAG